GCUUUCCUCCUUCCGUGGGAAAGCCGCUCCAGCCAUGCCGUGCCUUCUACCUAUGAGUAUGAGGCGCUGUCUUGCUGGGUAAAUCCCCACGGACCUCCCAUUCCCAGCAUGCUUGUUUUCCCCCAUUGAGUUCCGAGAUGAGACCAGCUCACCUCACUACCAGCUUAACUUCUCUUUCAGGGCUCUCGAGCUGGAUGAGCCCUUGAUCGCUGCAGGAGAAUGCGCUGGCGAUGUCAGACACAGAGGACUCGACUGGGCUGCCACCUUCAGGUCUGCCCGCCCAGUCUGAAGCUGACGCAGAGCUGACCACCAUGCUUGCCCGGGUCGCCUACAAGUGCCGCUGGACAGGCCGCCUCCACCCUGCAUGCCAUGGCCCUCCUGCAAGUCCACCAGGCCUAGGCACUGAAAGAACUGCAAGUGGGUAGUCCUGAUCCCAAUAUGAUGCAGGAGCUGUGCUCAGCGACCGCCCUCGCCCUCCGGGUGACGAAGGUCAUGGCGCGAGCACUCGAGCACCUUGGUGGUCCAGGAGCGCCACCUAUGGCUGAAUCUGGUCGAGAUGAGGGACGCUGACAAGGUUCGCUUUCUCAACAUGCCUAUCUCCCAGAUUGGCCUAUUCUGCUACACUGUCGGAACUUUGCCCAAUAGUUCUCGGCAGUGAAGAAGCAGACGGAGCAAUGCAGCACAUCUUGCCCCAGCAUGGUUCAAGAUCCCGUACCCCGUCUGCUCGCCGAGGUCCCCCUGCGGCGGUGAAAGCCCAGGUGGCUCCGCCACAGCCCGAGCCCAGUCCUCGGACCAGCGUAUAGCCCCCCGCAGGAAGCUGACGCCCCCCCGCCUCACGGCAUGGCACUAGGACCCAGAAGGCACCUAAACAUCCCUGAGAUGGAUGACCCAGGGAGGAAGAUGUCCGCUGGAACCCUGGAGCUGGUGUUGAGACAACUCCGUCCCCUGGUGGAGGGCCAGGAGGCAAAUCUUAUGUUUCCUUUUGUUUUGUGUUCACCGCACCCAAACGGGCUGCGGUACCCACAUUUUCAAGAGCAGUUUCCUCAAUCCUUGGGUCACAUCGUCGGUGUUUACGACUGCCAUUUUCAGGUUGGCCCAGAAGGGCCUUCUCCUAAGUCUCUGCCGGGUACGCGGAGCAAGGUAAGUGCUAUCCGUAGCCAUAUCACCCUGCAGCUAUUGCCUGGUUGCCCACUAAAGCUAAGCAGGGUUGAGCUUGGCCAGUACCUGGAUGGGAGACCUCCUGGGGAAAACCAAGCUUGCUGCUGGAAGUGGUAUUAGGGAGGCCAGCAGGGGGUGCUCACCCUACGGUCUGUGUGGGUCCUAAUGCCCCAGUAUAGUGACAGGGACACUAUACUGUAAAAAAGCACUGUCUUUCGGAUGGGAUGUUAAACUGAGGUCCUGACUCUCUGUGGUCAUUAAAAAUCCCUAGGGCACUUCUAGGGCACCUAAGAGUAGGGGUUUAACCCCGGUGUCCUAGCCAAAUUCCCCCCAUUGGCCCCUAUCUAUCAUGGCCUCCUAAUAAUCUCCAUCCCUAAAUUGGCUACAUCACUCUACCAUCUCCUCUCCACCAAGUGCGUGCGUGCGUGCGUGCGUGCGUGCGUGCGUGCGUGCGUGCGUGCGUUCUGGUGCACUAUGGCUGCCGUUGCAUCAUCCAGGUGGAUCCUGCAAACUGGUGGUGGUUGAGGAGAUUCCCCCUAUACUAUGUAAAGCGCUUUGAGUGCCUAGAAAAGCGCUAUAUAAAUGUAAAUUGUUGUUGUUGUUGCUUCGAGGUUCCCCUCAGCGCAGCCACCUCAGGAUGAAGCGAGGCUCCUCGACGUGGCGUUUCCUGCUCUCCCCGCUGCGACGCCCCACCCCCAGGUAUUUCAGACGCGAUUGUCCCCUUAGCCCCUCACCCUACUCGGGUUGAUGCAUAUGAGACCGCUUCAGACUCGAGUCCUGAGAUGGGCAUGGCACCAUGGUGCACAUUGCGUGGCCAUCACGCCGGUCUGCUGCCACAUGUUCAGCCCUUGGACAGACAUCGGCAUACUGCUAAUCAAUUAAAACACCUGGUAACAUCACACACAUUUGUUUUAGGGGCACCAAGGUCAACAAAAGUAUCACACUCUCUUUUUUAUGUUAUUUGCACUGAAGCUGAUGCAAUUAAUAAAUAUUUAUUACCAUAAGAGCACAUUUUCCUUUGGUUCUGCACCAUCCCGUGAGUGAGAGCGAUCUCCAAAGCAGCCACGGGAUGCCGCCUAAAGUGGAACAUGUGACACCAGUGGACUGACAAAAUGUAGACAUGUAUUAAAGAUUUCUGCCAAAUACAUUCUUUUUUUUAUAGGCAGUGAUCAUUUACUUAAUUUACUGAAGAUACAAAUACAUUUUUGGAAUUUCAUAUAAUCCAGUCAAAAUCCUCUUGGCUCAAAAAUGUAAGAGGGCACGUCAUCCCCUCAAUCUGAAUGGGCGUAAUGCCUGGCAGUAAGUGUCCCCAAACUUAACCACAAACAUGGAUGUUAACAUUGGCAAGCAACCAUAUGUAAACAAUAGUUUGCAAAAUUGCCAAAACACUUAGUGAUGCACAUGCACUGGCAUCUACCAGCCUUAACGUAGACAAAAUUUGGGCAAUGAUUGGUCAACCAAUAAAUAAUGGAGCAAAAGAGGCAUUCCACAAAUAAGCAAUACGUACAGUGACAGCUUAUACUACUACAUCUGUAAAAUUAAUCAAUCAUUGUAAAAAAAAAAUACUUUUCAGUGGUCUUAGUGGGCUUGGCUUAAAUAUGCUAUAAAAGGUGUCACAAGUGUAAGCACCUGUUAGAAGCAGCAGACUUCAAAGAGUGUAGCCUACCUUACACCAUCCUAAUUGUUGCCAGGACAGUCUUGGGAAAUUUGCAAGAUGGAUAUAUUAUUGGCAUUAAAGACAAAUAUACUAUCAGUUGUAAUGGCUGUCUUGGUGCUGUUUUUGCUGUGGAAGAGUCGAGGAAAGCAGCGGAGUUUCGGACGUCUGCCUCCAGGACCCACUCCUAGACCACUGCUGGGGAAUUUUUUUCAAUUUGAUAUAAAGGAACCCUACAAGUAUUACCUAGAGCUCAGUAAGAAGUAUGGCUCUGUUGUUACCUUCUGGUUGGCAAACACUCCUGUGGUUAUUAUUUCUGGAUAUCAAGCGCUAAAGGACACCAUGAUUGGUCUCGGUGAAGAAUUCAGUGGCAGGGCCUCCUAUCCCCUGAUUAUGAGGUCCACUCUUGGAUACGGUGUGCUGUCCACUAGCGGACACCGAUGGAGGGAGAUGCGCAGGUUUUCUCUUAUGACACUGAAGAACUUUGGAAUGGGCCGCAGGAGCAUUGAGGAAAAAGUCAGGGAGGAGGCUCAGAAUCUUGUGAAAAUGUUUAAAAAAUCUGAAGGCUCAACAUUCAGCCCAGCAGACAUGCUGUCUAAUGCGGUGGCCAAUGUGAUCUGCAGCAUUGUUUUUGGCCAUAGGUUUGAAUAUGAUGAUCCACAGUUUCAGUUUCUCCUUCAGACAGUAAAUUCUUACUUCUUUAUCCUGAACAGCCCUCUUGGACAGAUCUACAAUGUGUUCCCUAGGCUAGUCAGUCUCUUCCCUGGUAAACACCAUAAAUUGUUUAAAGACCUUGAAGAGGCCAGAGAAUACUGUAAACUUCAGGCAAAUGCACGAAUGAAUAAUGUGGAUCCCUCAUGCCCACAGGACUUUAUUGAGGCAUUUUUGCUAAAGAUGGAGGAGGAGAAAGACAAACCUGACACAGAAUAUUAUUUAGAAAACUUGGUAUCACUGAUAUGGAACAUGUUCAGUGCCGGCACAGAAACCACCUCAUCCACACUCAGACAUGCUCUGCUUCUGAUGAUGAAGCACCCAGAUAUCCAAGAGCGCAUUCAGCGUGAACUUGAUGAGGUUGUAGGACAGGAACGUUGGCCCUCCAUAGAAGACAGACAGAACAUGCCAUACACAGAUGCUGUAAUUCAUGAGGUUCAGCGCACCAUGGACCUCGCCCCCAUUGCUGUACCACACAAGAUGAUGUGUGACACUGAAUUCAAUGGCUAUGUCAUUCCUGAGGGAACCAUGGUUUUUCCACUGCUAUCCUCUGUGCUGACUGACCCAAAACUGUGGAAGAACCCACAUUGCUUUGACCCACAGAACUUCCUGGAUGUAGAUGGAAGAUUCAAGAAGAAUGAUGCAUUUGUUGUAUUCGGCAUGGGGAAGCGUGCAUGUCCUGGUGAGGCUCUGGCCCGGAUAGAACUCUUCCUUUUUUUCACUUCCCUCCUCCAACACUUCACCUUCAAAGCCACAGUGCCACCCGAGGAGCUCGACACAACCCCAACCAACUGCAGCUUCGGCCGCCUGCCACGCACAUACGAGUGCUACGCCAUUUCCAGGGCAUAGAGGGCGCAAGAGUCCACAAUGUUUACAUGUAAUGAUUAAUCGUUAGUAAAGCAGUGUUCUUGAAUGCCAUCCAACACUGCUCAUCUUGGACGUCAUCCUAAUCAAACACACCUGAUUCAACUCAUCAGCUUAUUAAAAGGGCUUCAUGACCUGAAAUGGAUCAGAUAAGGGAGACAUCUAAAAUGUGCACAGUUGGGGGUGCUUCUGGAACAUGGCUAGGAAACACUGGAGUAGAGAAUAGACAUUUUAUAUCAUUCAUAUCAUUCAUAGCACAUUUAAUUUACCUGUUUCAUGUGACGUCACUGUAUGACCAUGGCACAAUUUUAGUGACCAAAAUUCCAUAUGCCUUCAUUGUGCUGCACUAUGGGAUAUGGCAAAAGCAUGACACAUUUUUUUUUUCAAUUUAUAAGUCAUGAAAAAGUUAUACUGGUGUUUACUUAACAUAGACAAAAUGUAAUUUUUCUUUCAAUAAAGUUUUAUCUUUUAAGUGACACAGCUUCAUUUCGCCAAAGUCAAGCAGAUGUGAAGGGGGAGAACACAGAUAAAAACACUUGUGCUCAUUUAUUCAGGCAUGUCAGUUAUAUAUGCAUUUGUCUAUUAUAUUUAUAACCAGGGUUGGGGAGUAACGAAAUACAUGUAAUGGGAAUAUGUAUUUAAAAUAUAAGUAACUGUAUUCCACUACAGUUACAUUUUAAAUAAUUGGUAUUUAGAAUACAGUUACAUUCAAAAUAUUGAUUACUGAAGAGAUUACUUUGCAUUUUAUUGUCAUUUGUUUCAUUUAAUAUUUAGUCCUUUCAGAUGGAAAACAUUAUAAAUGAUGAGAUCCAAAGUCAUUUGAACAGCAGUGAAACACUUUCUUAUGAUGUGUUACAUUCAUACGAGCAGACAGAGAAGUACGUUUGAUGUAAGUUUGGAGCAGAAGAAAUAGAAAUAAAUCUUGGGUGAAUUGUCAGCUUUACCCUAAGCUAAAGUGCUAUUUCUAGCCAUUUUACAUGCUUGCCAGGUACGAUCAUAUUUUUUUUUUAGCAAGAAAAUUCAUGUUAGAUCACAAUUUCUUUUUUUCUAGUAAAACCUUUGAUAUUAGGGCAAAAAUCGUAUUCUUGAUAAUAAUUGGUUUUUAUUGUUUUCCUGUAAAAAAAUAGAAAAAUCCUUAAAACAAGAUCAAUUUUAUAUUUAGGUUUUUUGGAGAAUGUAUUUUUAACAUGUGUAUUUUUUUGUUGAAACAAGUGAAAAAAAAAAAAAUCUACCAGUGCUGAAAAAGUAAUCCAAAGUAUUUAGAACGCAUUACUGACCUUGUGUAAUCUAACAAAAUACAUUAAAAAUUACAUUUUUCAGAUAACUAAAAAUAAUCUGUAAUCUGUAGUGGAAAAAAUUUCAAAAUGAACCCACCCAACCCUGUUUAUAACAUCAUGGAUUUGGAUACAUUUAAAUUGGAAAUGCACAUAGGACAAUGUUAUUCAUAACACCCAAACUGUAAAGGUAUGCAAUAAUUGUAACACAUAAUGAAUAAAA